CCCCCGUUCUCCGUCUCUAUGGCCCCGCCGCCGCAGCGCCGCGGGGCACUGUGGGAAGCAGAGGGAACUAUGGCGGAUGGUGAGGAACCGGAGAAGAAAAGAAGGAGGCUAGAGGAGCUGCUGGCGGAUGGAAUGGCUGUUGAUGGUGGGUGUGGGGACACUGGAGACUGGGAAGGUCGCUGGAACCAUGUAAAGAAGUUCCUCGAGCGAUCUGGACCAUUCAUACAUCCUGAUUUCGAGCCAGGCACUCAAGCUCUUGAGUUUUUGUUAAGCACAUGUAAAGUACUGGUUAUUGGAGCAGGAGGAUUAGGAUGCGAACUCCUGAAAAAUCUGGCACUGUCUGGGUUCAGACAGAUCCAUGUCAUCGAUAUGGAUACUAUAGAUGUUUCUAAUCUUAACCGACAGUUUCUGUUUCGACCAAAGGAUGUUAGGCGACCAAAAGCAGAAGUUGCAGCAGAAUUCCUGAACAGCCGUGUUCCCAACUGUGCUGUCGUACCAUAUUUUAAAAAGAUUCAAGACAUGGAUGAAAGCUUCUAUCGACAGUUUCAUAUUAUUGUUUGUGGGCUGGACUCUAUAAUUGCAAGGAGAUGGAUAAAUGGCAUGCUGAUGUCAUUUUUACGUUAUGAAGAUGGUGUACUGGAUCCAAGCUCCAUCAUACCUUUGAUAGAUGGAGGGACAGAAGGUUUUAAAGGCAAUGUUCGUGUGAUUAUUCCUGGUAUGACAGCAUGUGUUGAAUGCACACUUGAGCUUUAUCCACCGCAGGUCAAUUUUCCCAUGUGCACUAUUGCAUCCAUGCCCAGGCUACCAGAGCAUUGUAUUGAGUAUGCCAGGAUAUUGCAGUGGCCAAAGGAGCAGCCUUUUGGAGAAGGUGUUGCAUUGGAUGGAGAUGACCCUGAACAUAUACAGUGGAUUUACCAGAAGUCUUUAGAAAGAGCAGCACAAUUUAAUAUUAAAGGUGUAACAUACAGACUCACCCAAGGAGUGGUUAAACGAAUUAUUCCAGCAGUAGCUUCUACAAAUGCGGUAAUUGCAGCUGUUUGUGCCACUGAAGUUUUUAAACUAGCCACAAGUGCAUACAUUCCUCUUAACAACUACUUGGUGUUUAAUGAUGUGGAUGGAUUAUACACGUACACAUUUGAAGCUGAAAGAAAGGAAAACUGUCCAGCCUGCAGCCAGCUUCCCCAAAACAUAGAGAUUUCCCCAUCAGCUAAAUUGCAGGAAAUCUUGGAUUACUUGACAAAUAAUGCUUCAUUGCAGAUGAAAUCUCCUGCAAUCACUGCUACUAUGUAUGGGAGAAAUAAAACGCUCUAUUUACAGACAGUAGCUUCAAUUGAAGAACGAACAAGGCCAAAUCUUUCCAAGACACUAAAAGAAUUGGGGCUUGUGGAUGGCCAGGAACUUGCAGUUGCUGAUAUUACUACACCACAGACAAUGUUGUUCAAGCUUCACUUCACCACCUAAUUUAUUCAUAAGUAAACUGCAUAUACAGCAAGAGAAAUCUGUACCCACCUUGUGAAACAAACGUACUCCGUGGGUGUUAAGGCAGCCUGAAAUGUUCAUGUUAGUACUAGCAUUGAAGGUAAAGUAAUACAAAUGAAUCACCAUAUCUAAGAAUUGUACGUAGAAGCCAAUAUUUGGUGGAUUAUAUUUGUAUAAAUGCUUAUUAAUGUACAGAACUCUGAUGUAGAGGAAUACACUUUUUCCGCAGUUUUUGUUGUCAAAACGUUAAUGUACUUUCACACACAGAAACUUUUAAGGUGACUAAAAGUCUUUGUUUUCAACAUGUGUUCACACAUAUAUGCGAAGAGGAGAGCCUUUAAAAGGAACCACAGAGAUCUCCUUUUAAAUUGCAGCACUCCUGUACACUUGCUGAGUCACCUUAAAACUAAGAGUGGGCAGUGGGGUAAAAUAAGGAUUUUCCUCUUAUUUGGUAUCAAUUUGAUGGAUUUUAUGAAAGUAUGGAAGAGAUUACUGUGUGUGUAAGCAAGGAGGAAAGGAGAAAAUGGUCCACUGUACAUGAAAACAUGGACAUGUCUACAGUGGCAGUGCAUGGUAUUGCAGGAUUAUGUUCAAGUAUCAUUGGUGCUGUUGAGGUAUUUAUUAAUAAAAUAUCAUAAAGACACCUUAC